AUGAACACUGAUUAUGAUUUCCGUAGUAGAACAAGGUUAUGCUACAACACAGUGAAAUCUAAAUGCAAUGAAGCCUCAUCCCUUUUAAACCAUUAUAACAAUGAUCUAAAUAGAGAAAACAACAAUGGCUGUCCCAGCACUUAUGCUGACAGUUAUGAAGAUAGAGCAAAAUGGCAAAAAAAAAGUUUACAAAAUAAAUUAAUAUUUGAUUAUGAGUUAUACUCAGAUAACAUUGAAAACUUUGUUGGUAUAGAUGAUAAAAACUUGCCAUAUAUAAAACAUGAAUGUAUAAAAUAUAUAAACAGUAAAAAUAUUGUUCUGAUAAUAGAUUUUUUUGUUUAUAAUUUAUUUUUUCAUUUGAAAAAUAUUAGUAAAAAUAUAAAGAAUUUUUAUUUAUCAUUUAACAAAAUUAUUUAUCCUUUUCAUUUCUGCAUGAAUAGCAUUGACACUAUUUGUGAAAAUUGCAUUUUAAAAGACAACAAGGAUCGUAAUGAACGUAAGGAUCGUAUAUAUAACGAAAAAAAGGGAAAUGGAUUAAAUGGAAAAAAUAAAAAAAAUUCUGAACAAGCAAGGGAAAAAAAUGCGGCACAAAGUUUUGCACACACUUGUAAAAAAAAAGGGAAACAGGAAAAAACGGUAAAUUAUUAUUUGCCCACAAUUUUAAAUAUAUGGUGUAAAAGGACAAAAUAUGCAAUAAGCAUUUAUAAUAGUAAUAAGAAAAAAUAUAAAAUAAAAAAAUAUUUAUUACAUCAUAAAAAUACCGAUAGAGGUUAUUUGAAAAAAGAGAAUUUGUUUUGUGAAGAGAAUAGUAGAUAUAGCGUGAACGAGUGUGUUAACACUUUAAUACGUACAAUUUUUAAUAGCAAAAAUUGUUAUUCAUUUAAAAGCAUUUUUUUUCUUUCAAAGGAAAAAUACGUUUACUCUUUUGAUAGAGAAUUAAAAUAUGCUAGAAAGGGAAAGUACAAUGACUUGGUAAGAAGUACAUACAGAGAGGGAAGUAACAUACAUGAUUAUGAUCAUGAUAGGGGUUACGACAAUGACAAAGAUAAUGUUGGCGAUAGUGUUGGCGAUAGUAUUGGCGAUAGUGUUGGCGAUAGUGUUGGCGAUAAUGUUGGCGAUAGUGUUGGCGAUAAUGUUGGCGAUAGUGUUGGCGAUAGCGAUGACCACAGCAGUGACCUGAGUAUUGACGAGGAUUUCUUAUCGGAAGAUAUUAUGUACAGUGCAGAAUUAUAUGACGAUGAAAUAACAGAUUUAUAUUUAAUUAACAUAAUAAGAAGUAAAAUUGAAGAGUAUUUUAAAAAUGUUCAGGUAAAAAAAUUUUGGGACAUGAUAAAUGUGCAGCAUAUAACCGAAUUUGAGUAUAAUAAUUACACAACUAAAAAGACAAGUGGAAAUAUAGCUAGAAGAUGCAAUAAAACUUAUGAUGAAUCUAUUUAUGAUUAUAUUCAAAUAAUUAAAAAGAAUAAGACUAAAAAGGAUAUGAAAACUAGCGAAAUAACAAAAAAGAGUGAAGCAGAUGAAAACCAAAUUGUGAAUAGUAAUAAUAUGCGCAAUAUGGAAAAAGGGAAAAUAGACAAAGAAUUUUUAAUAAAAGAUUUAUUCAACAAUACUAUGAAAAAUUACAACGUUAAUGAGGUUCAAAUAUAUUUAAGUUAUUAUGAUCAUAUAUUUUUAAAAUCAAUAAUUUGUUUCUAUCUUUUAUUAAGUUUUUCGGUAGAAAUAAUUUCAAUACUUUAUGAAAACUUAGAUUUGUAUUCUAUUCACAUUUUUUUUUUAUAUGAAAAAUUGAAUGAACGUUUGUUUAAAGAACAACAAAAAAUGAACACUCACAGUUCCCCUAUGCCAACACAUAUAAGUAGACUUAAAAAUAAGGAUAAUUUUGAAACAAAUGCAAAUAAUUAUAAUAAUUUUACGCAAAAUAAUUGCACUUGUGAAAAAAGGUGUAACAAGUUGGACAGUCAGAAUGGCACUUUGUUAAAGCUAAGCAAUUCGGUGAUAAGAGGUAGCAACAUUCCUAGGGAGCAUUCCAGUUGUUCUAGGGUGCAUGCCUCUAAUUUUUAUUACACGUACAACUACGGAAUAAAUGGGAGCGGAAGUAGACGUAGUCGUAGAAGCAGAAACAAGUGCAAUCGAAGUAGAGGUAACAACCGAGCAUGCUGCAUAAUGGCUAAUACUAACUAUGUGUGGGAGUCCCCUCCUAACAGCUAUGAUAACCAUUGCGACUAUCCAGAAAGGAAUAAUUUUAAUUUUCUUAACACUGUGAAUGCAUAUUUUGGCAAUUUUUGCAAUACAGAGAAGAAGCUGGAUGUAGUAGUUUUUUUUUUAUUAAAAUUAUUAAUGAAAAGUGCUCAUUAUGAAGAAGGGAAGAAUGGUAGAAAAAAGACUAGUAUUAAUUAUUUGAAAAUAGAGAAAUACAAGGAAAUACUAAAAGAAAUAAAAAUAUUAAUUAAAUACACAAAUAGAAAAAAUAUACGCGUGAACAAGAAGCCUAUUCUUAAUUAUUUAUUUCGUGUCUAUAGUAAGUAUAAUAAAAAGAUGAAGGAAAUUGAUGCUAACGAACCUGUUAAUGUAAAAUAUAUAACUAUUCUAAAAAAAAAUUUUCUUUUAUAUUCUUUAAACUUUUAUUCAUUUGAAUUUUUCACAAAAAAAAUUAUGCAUGCAGAUAUAGAUAGGAUGUAUAAGUCGAGGAGUAAAAAAAGGGGGCUAAAAAUCCCCGGGGGUGUUAAUAAAAAAAGAUCAAUUCUAAAAUAUAAGGCUUCUACUAGUGCUUAUGGUCUUCUUGGAGGAACAUUAUUAUUAUUAUUAUCAUCAUCAUCAUUACAAGAGUCCAGUCAUGAAUGUGUAAAUGGUAGAAUUUGCAGUGGUGCUAAUGGAAUUAGCAGUUGUAGUAGUAGUAGCAGCAGUAACCGUGACAAUGGUCGCGGUAAGCUGCACACCGAAGGAGCAUAUUCCCCUUUUAUAAAUAUAAACAGAAAAUUGUUAGCAAAAAAGAGUAGAGUGAAGUAUUUAAGAUAUCUGAGGAAACGUGUAUAUUCUUAUUUCAAAUUAAUACAUAAUGUAUACUUCAAUUUAGCUGGAAAAAAAAAAAAAAAAAAAAAUUCCAUUUUUAAUAAAAAUGGAGGUAAUUUCUUUCAUAUUUUUUAUAGAAACUUUUUUAUAAAAACAUUAAAUAUAAUAAAAAUAAAAAGUAAAAUAUCCGAAAUUGUAAGAAGGAAAAACGAGAUUUAUAAAAAGGUAGUUGCGAAAAUUAAAGAACGUAGUGGAGUACCGAAGAGGAAGCAUCGGAUGGAGGAGCAGAAGGUGCAUAAGACGCGUGGGAAGAAGGAAGGGGAAUUAAAAAAUUAUGAAAAAUACCACAAAACAGUUGUAGAUUUAUUAGCAAUUAUUAAAAAUCAGGAUAAGACUAUUACGAAUAAUAUGAUUAAUAUGUUGAGCAACAUAAACGAAUAUUUGAAUCAGUUCUAUGCAAAUAUAUGUCAUUGUAUUCCAUCUGAAAAUUCAGAGAAGCGAGAUGUUGUAAAUGCCAUGAAUCAAAAAAUAGAAUCAUUGAAAGAGGACAUCCAUUUUAUUUUUCCUUAUGAAAGGAAUAUUUUUCGAACAAAUAGAAACAAUUAUUUUAAUGAUAGUGAUUCGUGGGAAACACAAGGAAGGUUAUAUAUUGGAAAUGAGCAUACAAGCAGCAAUGUGAACACCCUAAACAUUUCUUGUGAUAAGCAUAACAGAAGGUGCAGUACAAUUAAUAGCAACCGCCCAAGUCAAAGUACCUCGUUCGGCUUGCUAAGAAGUGGGGAUGAUACUUCAUCAUUUGGAAUGAACACUAAAGGAACGACGAUUUGCAAAUUAAGAGGAUAUUCAGGGUACUGUUUCUCUCCAAGACGAAGUGAUAAAGAGGAGAGUGUGUGUAUGAAGUGCAAAUGUACAAUAGACAGAAGAGUAGUAGAAAAGAAGAAAAAGAUAUAUGAGAAUUUCUUUUUGAAUUCAAAAAGGUAUUAUAAAGAAAAGAGAAGAAAAAUAAAUUAUUUAGCGUAUGAUCUAAACAUUUUAAAGGAGUAUUUAUAUACAUAUUUGAAAAAAUAUUUUGAUGAUAUUAUUGUAUUGUUCGAGUAUUUUUUUGCCCUCUCAAAUAAUUACUUCUCCCUCGACACAGAAGGAGAUGGAAGUACCAUCGCGACUACAGGAGCAACAGAGGCUACAACUGCAUAUACUACUUCCAACAGGAGUACUGUUAUUGAUACAAAUGUUGAACAGACCGAAAAUGGAAGUAUAGAAAACGAGGAUCUGCUGUACGAACUAUUUGCAUUAUCAAGCUACGAUAACUUUAACAACGAGGAUAAUAACAUUAUUGAUUGGUUAAGUACAAAAAGUGCGGAGAAUAGAAAAUAUUAUAAUGACUACAUGUACAUAAAAAAAUUAAAGUUUUUUAUUAAAAAUGACAUUAUACAGUUUAUUAUUAAAAAUGUAAAUUUCGUGAGUAGUAAUAUACAUUUGAAAAUUGGUAGAGUUGGUAAAUCCAUUCCUAUGUUGCUAAACCUGUUAGGAGAACAGAAUUGUAAUGACUUGUUUAUAUUUAAAAUUUUAUUUAGUUUAAUUUUAAAAUACGGAAAAUAUUGUCGAAAAAAAGAAAUUAAAAAAAGCACCAUACGUAAUAUCUCUUCUAACGACUUAAAUGAGCGUGAUAUUGAAAAAUUUUUCUUAUUUGACAUGAAAAAAAAAAAAUUUUUAGAAAAAUUUGGCCUCAAUUAUUUUAAUAUAUCGGAGGAACUCAUCUUCUUUCUCAAAUACAUCGUCUUGUUCAGCAGCGCAGGGGAGGACGUAAGCGGCACCAGCAAUUGCAGCAUCAAUGUGGGCAGUGCUUACAGCGGCGGUUAUAACCGCAUGAACUGGGGUGAUGGCGAUGGGCUGUAUAAUCUAUCGCACUGCAAAGACAAAAAGGCUUUGAAAGAUUUUUUGCAAAAAAUAAUUAGAAAGAAAAGAAAAAAAGUUCUUAACUGUGAAAACAAAACAAAGACAGAUACUUCAAAGAAUGGAACAAGAAGGGCAGCAAAAAGUGAGGGGGAAAAUAGGGGAGUGCACAAAGACGGAGUGGGCGGAGAGAUCUGCUUAGGACAACUGACAAGCUUCUACGAAAUUGUUGAAGAGACAAGUUUAAAAAAGUACGAUAAUAUGAAAUUCUUUAUAACAGCAGACAAAAAGAGAAAAACAAACAGAAAAAGAAAAUAUGAAUGUGAUGAAGGUUUAAUGACAGCUUAUUAUAAUAAUGAUAAUAUAAAUAUUAUAAAGAGAGUCAAAAAAACUAUUAUUAAAUUUGUAGAUGACAACAAAUAUGUAUUUCCAUAUAUUUUUAAUACCUUCGAUUGUACCAUGACGACAAGUACGUCCUCAUUGUAUGAUAUUUUAAAACUAAAUAGGAACUUCAUAUUCUGUCAUUAUAUUAAUAGAAAUAGAUGUGAAUAUACCUACAAAAAUUCUAUACUUAAUUAUGUAUAUGGAAACCCUAUAUUAUGUAUAAAAAAGGAUUGUGAUAUGAACAAGCAAGCGCAUUGUAGUGCUAGUACUAAUGAAUGGUCUUUAAAAACGAAGAGAGAUGAUAUAAAGGCGGGGCAUCAUAAAAACAUUGAGCAUAGUAUUACUAUUGUUACAAGUAAGAGCAGUGAUAAGGAUAUUUAUGAUGGUAGUAGUUGUAGGGGAUGUUGUACGAAUUAUCGCAUUUACUCAAAUGGUUCAAGUGGAAAGAAAUCAAACGUGAAGGACCAAGGGAGUGUUAUAGUUAGAGGAAAUUGCAGCAGUGCCCCCAGAAGGGAGAACAAUGAGGAAGAAAAACAUAAUUAUAGCUAUAGGCAUAGUGGUAGGGAUAGAAGUAGAGAAAGUGGUAGGGAUAGAGGUAGAGACAGAGGUAGGGAUAGAAGUAGAGAAAGUGGUAGGGAUAGAGGUAGAGACAGAGGUAGGGAUAGAAGUAGAGACAGAAGUAGGGAUAGAAGUAGAGACAGAGGUAGGGAUAGAAGUAGCCUUAUCGAUCGAAGUAACAAUUCCGAAAAUUGCAAAAAUGACAGCACUUAUGUUCGUCCUACUGCGAAUUGUGGAGAGGGAAAGCACAAAAACAUAUAUGAUGAUGCACAUAAAACUAAGGAAGAGAAGAAGGCUGUGGGAAAAAAGAAAAGAAAAGAACUAAUAGACAUCUUUAACAGUUUGAACAUUUCAAAUAAUAUACCUUUAAAAUACAUUCAUUUAUGUGUAAUUGCUGAUAUAUUUAAAAAUUUUAAUUUGCAUCAUAUAAUUAAAGAUAUUAUUAAAAAGAUAUAUGAAGAAAAAAUUAUAGAAAUUUAUGAUAAAUUUAUUUGUUCAAAUAAUAUACAUUCUUUACCUAAUUUGUUACUAUGCUUCUUUUUAUUUUUUUAUUCCUAUUUAGACGUAUUAUUUGGUUUGAGAAAUGGUCUCUUUGUUAACUUGACUCAUUAUGGAGAAUAUACCAUUUUCAACAAUAUCAAUGAUAUAGUAUCUAAAAGGAGAAAAAAAAAAAGAAAAAAAAAGGAUGAUAUGAGUAAUGAUGGUGCUACUACCACCAAUAUGAGCAAUGGGGAAGGUGAUAGUAAAAAGGUAGAGGGAGAAGAAAAAAAAAAAAAAAAAAAAAAAAAAAUUAGCUAUAUAUACCUUAAAAAUACGUUUAGUAAAAGAAGUAACUAUCUGUUGUUGAUGGACAAGAAAAAUAAAAAUGAUUUGAGUUCACAAGUAGACAGGAUAUUCGUAAAUUUGAACUUAACAAAAAGCCAAGGGAAGAGUAAAGUGGAGAGUAAAGUGAAAGGGAAAAAGAAGAAUAGGGAAUAUAGUGAUCCAAAAAACGACAGAUCAAAUUUCACCUUAAACUUUGCUGCUUUCCUGGAUAACUAUUUGGACUACAACUUUUCCUUCUUGAAUAACUACAAACUUGUAGAAGAGAAUAAAGGAAAGAACUACUUGUUCGUUUAUGAUAAUGAUAAUCAUAAUGAUGAUAUCUAUCCAGAACAGGAUAACAGAAAUGAUGCUUCUUCUUCAAAUUCAAGUGAUAAUCAAACUCUCCUUUUCGAAUAUGCAAACAUGAGUAUUUAUAAUAUUGAAGAAAAUCUAAUGACCAAAAAAUGGAAGCACAUUUUUUCAAAAUAUCAUUUUCCGUAUUCCUCCGGGUACCACAAAGGAGGAUGGUGUUGUUUAUGGAAUUACCAUCUAGUAGAAAAGAAGAGAAAAAGGAUGACAACUCCAACAUUCCGUAGUUUCGAUGAAAACCAUAGGGAUGAUUAUGUGCAUGAUUACUAUGGAGAAGAUGACUAUUAUGAUGAACAUGAGGACUAUCCCGAGGAGAAUGACCAUGAGGAAGAUGUAACUAGCAGAAUCAAACUUGCUUUGGAUAUCCUAAGGGUAGAUUUGAUAGAAAUGUUGGAAAUGAAAAGACAUUGUAUUGUUGAUGCGUUAACAAAUUUUAAAAAUUGUAAAAAGGGAUUAGAAGAUAUAAAGUUUAUGUAUCAUUUAAUUUAUCUACUAAAUUUUGAGAAUAAAAAAAAAAAAAAUUCUGACUUGGUCAUAUAUAAAAAUUUGUAUUAUUUAUUAAUUGAAAAAUUAUAUAACCAUAAAGGGAGAAGAGAUUCUAUAGAUGGAGAAAGAAUGACCAAUCUUAUUUUUAAUUUAGUAAAAAUUACAAGAAUAAUAAAAAUAAGAAAUAAAAAAAUAGAAAAAUUAUUUAAAUUACUUUUGAAAUAUUCUCAAAAUUUCCAGAAUUUUCAUUUUCAUGUUUUUAAUAAAUUGUUCUUAUUCAUAUAUCAAGACACAAAAGUUGACAACAAAAUGUUUUUAAAGAGAUAUUUAUAUAAAUAUUUUAACGACAAAAAAAUUAUUCUUCAUAUUCUGAACCAAAUAGUAUGUUACUGCGAAGGGGAGAAGAAGAGUCAAUCCUUAACAGAUCGACAUAUCGACGUUACUGCUACUGGAGGGGUUAGAGAUGUAAUUCAUUCCAGUAUGAACAACUUAAACAACUUUGGUAUUUCAUGGAAGGGUCAAAGGGAACAUCUCUUUUCAACUGAGCGACUGGGGUACCUCCCUAGUGAUCGUUUUCAUGGUACCACCUAUUCGGAAUUGUUGAUGCGAUCGGCGCGCAAUGAUCAGGUAGCAAAUCAUGUUGACUCACACUGCAUAAGGACGUAUGACUCUUCUGUAGUGAAGAAGAAUACAAAACAAGGAGCUUUUAAAAGAGUAAAAUUUUCAAAUGUUAAUCCAGAAUUAAUUAAAAAAAUGUUUCUACAAUGUAAAAGCAUAUGCUCCAGUGAUGAUAACUACAGCUCAAAUAAUGAAAGUUUAAUAAAAAUUAAGCAUAUCCGAGGUAGAAAUUAUCGAUCAUACGAAAAAGAGAGGGAAUCUACUUGUCUUCCUUCUGACAGUGUAGGAGUAGGUACUUUAUGUUGUGAGAAAAACAAAAUGAAAGGAAGAAAAAAAGGCACAUGUAUGUCAGUUGCUACUAACAAUUGUGAGCAUCAUUUGGUCAAUACUUCGAAUAAGAGCAAUAGAAGGAUAAAUGAAAUUAACGAGAGGAGCGAAAGUGCGAAUAGUGAUGAGGAUGGGAAUUCUUAUGACCAUAUUUUGCGUACGUAUGACCAGUGGGGCCAGAAAGUAAGAGGAGGGGAAGUAGCAAGAGGAGGGGAAGUAGCAAGAGGAGGGGAAGUAGCAAGAGGGGGAGAAGCGGCAAGAGGAGGAGAAGCGGCAAGAGGGGGAGAAGUAGCAAGGAGAAGGGAAACGGCAAGAGGAAAGAUAUACACAGCGGGGAGAGAAGGACGAACGUCUAACUUUUUACCCAGGCAUCAGUUAUGUGGUGCCAUGGGAAGUGAUACUAUAAGUUUGUCUAACUCCUUUUAUAACAGAGAAAAUGUGAAUAAGGAAAAAACUGAAAGUAAAAGAAAAAAAAUAAUUAAAAAGGAUAAACAAAAUUAUGAAAUUAUUGAUUACAGCUCUGAUGAAUUCUUUCAUUAUGUAGACGAAAUGUACAAGAAUUAUGAAAUAAGUACGAAAGGAAAAGAUGAAAAACAAGAUUCUCUAAAUUAUAGUAGUAAAUUGUAUUGUAAUGAUGAUGAUUACAAUAAUAAUGAUAGUAGCAGUAGUGUAUGUUAUAGUUAUUCUUCUACUUCAUCCGUAAGUAAUAGUACUAGUAAUGACGAAAAUGAGAGGGGGAAAAUUUGCUUCCAUAUAAAGGAUCUUACUAUGGAAAACUCAUUUAAGUUGUUAUCCUUGUUAAGUACAACUGAUAUAAGAAGCACAAAAAUAAAUGAAGAUAUGAAGAGUUAUGAUGAAACACGUGAGAACUCGUAUAAUAUUAUACCUAUAGAAAAUAAAAGUCAUAGUAUUGAAAGUGCAUAUAGAAAGGAAAGAUAUGAAAAUUUUUUAUAUUUUAAUUAUGACAGCUCUUUUUGCUUUAUCAAAUAUAAAUCAUAUCAUGAAUUUAAUAAAAAAAGUAAAAGAAAAGAAAUGAAAUUCAAAGACAAGGAAAAGAGAGUAAAUAGUAAAACAGAUUUAAUAUACCUUAUACCCUUAUAUAUUAGUAUAUUGGGAGGCCUAGAUAUAUUUUUAUAUAAAUAUUACAAAUAUAUUUGUGAUACAUAUAUAAAUUCGUAUUUUUACCUGAACACGUAUUAUUUUGAGAAGUACAUUAGAAAAAAAUAUAAAAAAGGCAAAGAUAAACAUUUUGAGACCAUAUUAAUUUAUGAUUAUUUUUACUACAAUUAUAUAUUCUGCAAUAAGUUUAGCAGUUACGAUAGCUACAAAGUGCUCAGGAAUAGAAAAGUAAAACCAGGUAGUUUCAUUAAGUUUUUUGACUACCGGACUAGUGCUCCGAAUAGCGGUAUUGGCUGUACUGGCACAGUUUGCUGCACUUGUGGUGGUCAUAAACGCGUAAAUAACUUGAACGAAAGAGGAAAAAGUGGGGAGCGUAACUGUUUGUGUAUCGAGUGGGAAAACGCCCCUUUUGAUGCAGACUGCUCAAUCGAAAUUGCGAAAGGGGAGAAUCGCAGCGGUAAUAAUAACAACAGUAUCGAUAAUGACAAUAACGAUAAUAUUAACAGUAACAGUAGAAAUGGUAGUAGAAGUGGAAGCAGCAUUAGCAGGAAUGCGGGUGCUGGGGGGAUAGACACAAAUUAUGGUAAGGUAAUUGUCAAGAGAGAGAUGGAGGAGGGGCAGUUUAAAAAGGAAGAAAUUGAUGAACAACUGACAAGUGUGCGUACCAAAAGAGAAAACGCAGAGACUAACACAUUUAUGCAUGCAUGUAAUGGAAGUAAGUCGGACAAAGAGGAUAAACCCAAAUCGCGUAAUGAAAAAAAAAAAAAAAAAAAAAAAAAUGAUCAUCAACAGAGUAAUCGUCAAAAAAGGAGAACUAACAGUAACAUAAAAAACAAAUUGAAGAAUAAUUUAAAUUGUACUAACAUGGUGAGAGAUGCUAAUGACAAAUUAUUACCCCCUUUUGAGCAGCAUGAAAAUAAUUUAUUUUUUUUUUUUACGGAAGAUUAUUUAAGUAGUGAUGAUGAUGAAGACAGAUUUAUGCAAAAUAACAUGAAGGAUGUUUACAUUUUAAAAAGAAAUUUAUUUAUUAUUGAAUAUUUACAAAAUUAUUUUAGCUUUUCUGUCCUUACGAGACUGAAGAAUAUGGUAGAGGACAUGCUCCUUAACUACAAUUUGAAUCUUCCUUAUAUAAACAAAUAUAUAAAAAUAAAAGAAUCAAAUGAGGGGAGAGCAGAUGGUGAAAACUACGAAAUUAUUGCAAACAAAAAGAAAAAUGAUGAAUCUGUAUUUCCACGUUUAGAUGAUAUGAAAUUGGUGGAGAGAGGUAUCUAUUCCAGUGAAGUAUCGCAUAAUAGAGAGAGUGAAAAAAAUGAGGUAGCAAACUGUGCAUGCAUAGGAAAGGGAACUGUUCAAAUGAGUGAGGUAAAUGAGCUAGAUCAUUACGAUGGAAUACAGGAUGGAAUAUUAAGCACAUUCAGAAGUAAUGGUUUUGGUAGCACAUGCUAUAACUCCUUAAUAAGAGAAGAAUUGACAAGAAACGGAAUUCAAAUAUCAUUCACUGUGUUAAAUUUAGAAUACUGGAAAUUUGAAAAUUUAAAAGAUAAUAAUCAAAUGAUAAAGCAUCUUUUACCUGACUAUGUACAUACUUAUUUUAAUAUAAUUAAUAAUAUAUAUCAAAAAAAAAAUAGAGAUAAAUAUUUAAUUUUUUUAUAUGAAUUAUGCUAUAUAGAUUUGAAUAUCAAUGAUUACAUAUUCACAGUUAAAUUGUCAGAAGGAUUAUUAUUUUUAUUUUUAAAUAAAUUAGAAACACAUACUAUUGAUAUUUAUAAAAAUAAUUUAUUUUACAAUAACCUGAAGACAAAUAGUAAUAUUUACAAUUAUGAAUACAUGUUCAUUUCGUCCAAUUAUAAACUUAACGAGAAUAAGACCAUUCAUAUUAUUGUUAAUGAGAAUAUUAUUUUGUACGAUUUCCAUAUAAUCAAAAACUCGAAAGAUUUUUCUAUAUCCAAAAGGAAAAGAAAUAUCAGAAGGGAUAUACAUAAAAAGGAAGGGGCGGCACUAGGGUUUAGGGAUGGUAUAAAAGUCAAUUGGGGGGAGGCUACUACUAGAGGAGCGGAUGUGGCAGCAGCAUGUGAUAAAAAAUAUGAUAAACGUAUGAGCAGAAGCAGUAGCAUCAUCAGCUAUGUACACGAGCGAAGAACCCACUGCUGCAACGAGAACGAGAGUGAGGAUGAGAACAAAGUUGUUAGCAAAGAUGUUAGCAGUGUUGACUGCUUAAACUGUGAGCAGGAAGAAGAGGAUGGGGGAAAUAAAGAAAAAAAAAAGGAUCUAAUGGAAAAUGCGAAAAUAGAAGAAUAUAUUUCAAAUGCAGGACAGUCGAGUGGAAAGGGUGAUAAGGUUCAUGACAAAGUAAGAGGUGUUAGUAACGUAAAAAUAAGUAAUGAAGGAGAAGAAAUGCAUACCAUGGUAAAAGAAGAAGGAGGGGUUACAGAAGUAGCGGUUACAGAAGUAGGGGUUACAGAAGUAGGGGUUACAGAAGUAGGGGGAGCAAAAACGAACAGAGGGUACAUUUCAAAUGCGCAUGUAAUAAAUGAUAACUCAUUUGAUAGAGUGAAUUCUAAUAACUCCAAAAACAAUGUUUAUCAUAAGAGAGUGAUAACAAUGAAUAAAUUAAAUAAGAAAAUAUCGAAAGAGAACAUUUUUUAUAAUUUGAAUUUUUUAAAAGCAUAUCAAGAAAGGGAAAUAGAAAAAAUAACAUAUAAUAAAAAUAUUAAUGAUAUACACAUUAAAUUAUUUUUUACAGAAGAAUAUUUAAUUCAAAAGACAAAUAUGUCAGAAAAAUUUAUAAAAGAAAUUUUAAAAAAAUUAAGUAGAAAAAAGUUUUUACAAAAAAAUACGUUUAAAAUUAUGAACAAGAGAAAUAACAAAACGACACAGUUUAACGUCUAUUCGUUAUCAGAGUUUGAUGGCGACCUGGAUGAAAAGAAAACAAAAAAUGGAGAUGCAGAUGUAGAAGCGGAUGCAGAAGCGGAUGUAGAAGCGGAUGUAGAUGCGGAUGUAGAUGCGGAUGUAGAUGCGGACGAAGAAGCUGAGGUAGAUGCGUAUGAAGUAGCACAUAAAGGGGAAUUGGAAGAAGAGGAAUUGAAGGAACAGGAAGGUACAGUAGAAGAUGCAGAAGAACAAACAAAGGAACAACCACUGAGGGGACGAGUCUAUGAUUUCAAUGACCCCUUUUUUAAAAAAGUUAGAAGGAGAAGACUUGCAAAUGAAUUCAAUCUUCAUUCGUGGAAAAAUAGUGUAGAAGGUAAAUUAGCAAAAAAAAUAAAAUGCAGUAGAAAUAAAAGUAGUAAUAGCACACACAUUAACAGUGGCAAUGCGUAUUUUGAAAAACAAUUAUUUAAUAAUAGAACAACGGUAACGAACCCGCCGGUGAGCGAAGAACUGUCUGCUGUUACUGUUCUGCAAAAAAAAAAAUUAUGCAAGAGGGAAGAAGAACAACAACAACAAUCGCAUGAGAAAGAAGUCGAAAAAAAAAGCGACAACUUGCGUAUUUAUAAUAAUAAUAAAAACCUAAUAAGUAGUGGUAGUAUUAGUAGUAGUGGUAGUAUUAGUAGUAGUGGUAGCAGUAGUAGUGGUAGCAGUAGUAGUGGCAGCAGUAGUAGUGGUAGCAGUAGUAGUGGCCAUGGCAGCGGUAUCGCUAGUACAAACUGUUUCUUGCAUAGUCUCCUAUGUAACAGCAGUAAAAAUUAUGGUAACAUGCAUAGCGAAAAAGACUCAUGUAGUGGUAAUAAUAUUAGCAAUAAUUCAAAUGUUAAUAAUAGGAAGAGAAAUAAUCAAAAUAAUGCCCAUUCUAAUGGUCAUAGCUGCAGUACUCGUAAUAGUCCAGAUAGCGAUAAGAGCUCUCGUUCAAAAAGUUCGAACCCUUCAAAUAACAAAAAUAUUACAAAUAAUGAUGAUGAUAAUAAUAUUGAGAAAAAAGAAAAAAAAAUAGACGGUGAGAAAGAGAUAGAAAAAGAAAAAAAAAAAAAAAGGGGGGGGAAAAUAGAAAUAGAAAAGGAAAAAAGAAAAUAUAUGGAAAAAGAAAAAAAUAAGGAUAAGGAAAAGGACAAAGAAAAAGACAAAAAAAUAAAUUCUGAAACAACAAAUGGUGUCAAUGAAUUACCGAAAAAGAAGAAGCGAAUUGAUAAAACUGCAAAUGAACAAAUAUGCGUUAAUAAUUUAGUAUCAUAUAUACAUAACAGUGAAAGUAGCGUACAUAAAGAUAAAUCAGUAGUAAAUGAGGAAGAAACCUUAAAUAGCAAAAAUAGUAGUUUUAACUUGAGUAGUAAUGAGCCCAUAGACUAUUUUUUGGAUGAUGUUGUAACAGAUAACGAAGAAGAUAAGGAAAUGAAAAAGCGAAGGACUUUCGAUAAUUUAAAUUUAGAUGAAUCUUACGAAUUUUAUGAAAACGAAAUUUUACGAAUAACAAAAGAAAGAAUGAACAAGAUGAAAUCAGAGCCUGGAAGAAAUAUAUCUACACCUCUUUUUUUAAUUGUAAAUAAUUUAAAUAAAACAUUAACAGAAAAGAAAUUAAAAAAUAUAUCACAACAAAGCGUUUUAGUAAUUUUAAAUAUAAUGUUGAAGAAAAACAAAAUUGCGCGCACUGGGGGAAAUUGGCAACCAACCUAA